AUGCUUGUACAUGAGUAUUGUUACAGGUCAACAGGGUUUGUACAUGAGUAUUUUGACAGGUCAACAGGGUUUGUACAUGAGUAUUGUGACAGGUCAACUGGGUUUGAACAUGAGUAUUGUGACAGCAACUGGGUCAACCGGGUGUGCCCCGAGCUGGUUGGCCGAGUUCUGUCUCAGAUCACGGAGACUGUGGCUGAGGAGUUGUUCAGACUCAUGUCUUGUGUCACUAAGUUCAGUGUGAGAGGCAACCAACAAGCCAGAAUUGACAUUCAAGCUUUGCAACGCUUCCUCAAGCCAUUCACACUUCAGAGAGCUAGGGGCUAUUUUGAAGAAGCCUUGGAAGCAUUACCCCCUUUGAAGCCAGAUGAACUUAAGCUGGUGGACGAAGUGCUAAGUAUGAGUGAGUCCAAGAUGAGACUUCAGCUUUACUGUUUCCAGAGUGCUUCCAUCUCGGAGGCCAGCUGAAAAUUGCUCCUUCAAACUAUCAUUAGACCAUGAUAGUUUGAAACUUUGUGAGUGUGGUACCAGUUCUGGUACUUUGAUACAUUAUGAUUAUGAUAGUAUCAGUAAUGUUAGUUGAUCACAUGACCAAGACCUAUAAGAGUAUGAGCAAUGAGUAGUUAGUAACAAGCAACAGUAAAUUCUUAAAAGUACAACCUAAUGUACCCAAAACUGAACUUUCCAUUGUAUUUUGAAUAGUACUAUGUGUACCGAAACUAAUAAUGUGAUCAAACAUUUUGUACCAAACUGAAGUUUCAAGAAUAAAUCUAGUGACAUAACGAAUUUAAUUAGUUUGGUAUACAAAAUCAGCCCAAUGAUUGUUAUGAUUUACGAACAUGUUGAAUAAUUCAUUUUCUGUGAUUGUUUUAGUAAGGUAAUUCACAAUCAAAUUACAAGCACCUUACCCAUUUAGUUGGUACCGUACAAGUUUGUGUUGUGGAUGUCCUCAUUUGAUGGUCUGGCCUAGGAAAUUUUUACCCUCCUGAGGUUGGGUGUAAUGCAAAAAUGCAAGGCAUCUUUAACAUUUUUAAAUAAGGUAUUAUGCCUAUCUUAUCAAGGAUUAAGGAUACUGUGAUUUGGUAACAUUUUCAAUUGGUAAAUUAAUUUGUACUUGGGGUUUAAAAAAUAUUUUUUCAAAGGCUGUAGAAUCUAUUGACCCCAGUUGAUCUGCUCCCUGGUUCUACAGAAGUACAUUAUUGACAUGUGUCAUGUUAUGGACUCAUUAUAUGUCACCCCCAGUACAUCGCAAUGAGAACUGUAACAAUAUAGAUUUGAACUUUUUUUUCAAACUAGGCCUAAUUGCUUAUUUUGUAAAUGUAAAAAUAACAAAAACACAGUGGUAUUGAAAAUUAUGUAGUGUCUAUUAGGAUAAAAAUUUGUUGAGCAAAACUAAACUAUCGUUUCUCCAUGUAUUCCAGGAACAACCUUGAUUAAAUACUAUUUAUUCCUAGUUGUCUGCUAGUUCCUUAAAUCGUAUCGUUGAUCUUAAUGUAUAGUUCAAUCAAAUUCAUAUCAUUCUGUUACUUAAUGGUGUAAGUUUAACAGAACUUUUACCUGGGAAGUUUUGGUUUUAGCAGAACUUAAAUGAAUUAGUAUUAUAGCUGACUUCCUUACAUCAGACACCCAUUCUUUCUGAUAUUUUGAGCCCAGUUUACUCACUAAAAAUGUUGGAAUCAUUAGAAAUUAUUACAAAAUAAAUACUAACUUUCAACAUUAUCUGUGCAAAAAAUUAACACCAACUAGCAUCUUGUAAAUAUGGCUGAAUUGGAAGAAGUCUUAUUUUAAAAUGAAAAAAAUGCUUCACAAUAUUAAAUACUUUUUAAUUGUUAUUGUUACAAUAUUAUGUAGAUUUUUUUAGUGAGAUUUAAGUUAGCCAUUUGACAUGUUAUGUGUGUACAAAAUGUAAAAACAUAGGAUCUAAUCGUGUUAAUCAAAUAGCUAGUUGUAUAAUUAAUUACCCUUGUAUGAUAAUUUGAAAUAAUAAAUAGUGUUUUAAUUUAUAUACUAAAGCCAUUUAGUUUUCAAUAUUUAAAAAAAUAAUCAUAUAUUACACAAACCAUUAAAUACACUUAUACAUAAUUUCUGUAUCUAUUUGCUGAGUUUCAUGCUGUGAUAAUUUCCCAGCUCUUUUUAAGAUUAUGCAUAAGUUAUUGCUUUUAAAGUUAUUGUUAUGAGCUCCUUUAAAAGUUAUUGUUAAGUUUUUAAUGUUUCUUAUAGAACUUUUGGAUUAUAAUAACUUAUCAAUGCUACUUUAACAAGUGUGAUUCAGUAUAAGAGCUUUAUUAAUUUACUGUAAACCUAAGAUUUGAGAAAAAGACUAUAGAAGUUAUUGCCUGUUGUUUAUUUUCAUAUUGCAUGUGUAUAAAUGCUUAGUGCUUAGUGUAAAGUAUCAAUACAAUUAAUAAACUUUUAUGAAUAUCUUAA